AUGAGGAUGAACAGGAUCGCAUGGACUUGCGAGUCCUUGACAUUGGAACAGGAACUGGUACGGCGUUGGUUUCGUAUCCAUAUCUAUCUUGUUUUUCCUCGCGACUAUCUGACAUCUCUCGAAACAGGAAUAUGGGCCAUUGACUUUGCAGACGCACACCCUGAAUCUCAGGUAGUAGGAAAUGAUCUGAGCCCCAUCCAACCAUCAUGGGUUCCCACAAACUGUGUCUUUGAAAUCGACGAUCUCGAAGCGACAUGGCCAUACACCCGACCAUUCGACUUCAUACAUGCGCGCGAACUAGCCGGAUCGAUCGCCGACUUCGACAAACUUUUCGAACAGGCGUAUCAGAACCUGGUUCCGGGAGGGUAUUUUGAGAUCCAGUCCAUCGAGCCGUGUUUCUAUAGCGAUGACGGUACGCUUGCGAAGGCAAAUCACGCGGUGGAUUGGGUGAGACUAGAAUUCGAGGCUAGUUCCCAGUUCGGGAAACCGUUGGAGAUCGUGCCGCUGCUUCCGGAGAAGUUGAAGAAGGCCGGGUUCCAGGAUGUUACGACCCAACUUAAGAAGCUCCCACUCGGCACCUGGCCCAAGGACAAGAAGCUGAAAGAAGUCGGGCGAUUCCAGCAGUUGCAGGUAUUGCAGGCGCUGGAACCGUACUCACUCUUUCUCUUUACGAAAAUUCUGGGAUGGACCGUCGAGGAGACCCAGGUGCUUCUAACAGGCGUACGCAAAGAUAUCAAAAGUCGAGAUAUACAUAUGUACUGCUGGGUACAUUUCACGCGAGCUCAGAAACCCGAAAAUCCCUCUACCCCCUAG